AUGAGAUUUUCGUUCCAGGGCCGACGUGGAUCUCGUGUCGAAGGUUCGUCACUUUCACCACCGCAUACGUGGUCCGAUUCUACGGCCGAACAGGAUGAGGAUAGCGCCGAAAGUCGUCAUCUGUUCACCGUGGUUGUCACAUUGCCUGAGGGAAAUAUCGUCGAUUCGAGAGUGAUCUCGGAUAGCGUGUCAGCCGAGGUACGAUUUAUGUCAGCUGAACUGAAGAUUUGA